AGCGCGUCGGCUGCGCCGCGCUGCUGGUGGAGCUCAACAGCCUGACCUCGGCACUGCGACCCGAGGCGCCCUCCUCCUCGUUCUUCUGCGCGCCGAACCUGGCGCCGGCGCUGGAGAUGGUGGCCAAGCUGGACCAGCUGAGCCCCGAGCAGCUGCGCGGGCGACCCUCACAGGUGUUCCGCGGCCGCUCGGGCUACUACUGCCGGUUCUCGGACCGCGUCAUCGACACCGUCCUGGAAAGCACGGCGUUCGUGUUCCCGAAGCUGCUGCCGACCAGCGCACCCCACCUGCGGCCCAAGAACUGCGUCACGCCGGGUCGCGAGUUCACCAUCUUCCGCGAGCUGGACCAGCUGAUCGCCAUGGGGCUGGAGCAAUUCACGCCGUACGCCAACGCGAUGCGGCCGGCCGACCGCAGGCGGGUGGCGCCGGUCGCCGCCGCCUGCCGCUACAUGGCGCGCUAUAUGCUGCCGCUGACGACAGCCCAGCUGCAGGCGCGGAUGCGGUACGUGCGCAACAGGAACCUGUCCGACAACCCGAUCAUGGUGUUCCUGGACCGCCGACGCGCGCCGCCGGUGCUCCGCGACACGACGCUGCCCGAGUACCCGCUGACGCCGCUCAUCAGCCGGCCACGCCAGCUCGACGAGCCGUGGUCGUCGCUGGUGCACCGCGGCAACGCCUUCUUCAAGGCGCGCGGCCUCAGGAAGGGCAAGCUGGUGUGGCUUAAGAAGAACGAGGAGCUGAAGAAGCGGAUGGAGGCGGAGCGCCGCGCUAGGAUGCCGCCGCCGCCGCCCGAGAAGAAGCGCAACGAGCCGCGUCCGCGUGUCAGUCGGCAGCAGACGCAGGUGUGGAUCGAAGAUGCGCGCCGGGUGCGCUGCAACCUGCGGCGCGCGCGUCCGAUGAAGGUGGCCAUCUCGGGCGUGGGGCCGGUGCGCGCCGACGACCGGGCCCAGCUGCUGGCCGGCGGCGGCUGCGACCCGCACGGCACGGUCGACGAGUCGGGCGAAUGGAGCGGGUGCGAAGGACGGGGUGGGCAGGACGAGCUGACUGAACGGGGUGAGCGGAGUGAGCGCGGCGGACAGGCCGACUGGGAUGAGCAGGACGACUGUGAUCAACACCACGUGCGGAGUGAACAGGACAGACAGGAGAAGUCGAACGAGUCGGACGAUUCCGACGGAGCAUUCGAGUCGGCGCGCGAGCCGGCUGCGGGGCCAGACAUCCUGGCCAUGUGCAUACCCGAGAUCACGGGCGAGCGUCCCUGCCGCCCACGGCGUGCCGAGGUCAAGGUGGAGCGCCUGGCCGCGGCCGCGGACAUCGACGGGCGCGUGAUACGGACGUCUGCGCUGCUGGCGACGGCGGACGCCGACGCUCCCGGCCCCACAGAGCGGCCGGCCACCGACUCCGACGCUGCGGACCGACCGGGAGACGGCGCCGUCUCGGAGAUGGCCAUGGCACGGCCGCCGGCCGCCCGGCGCACCGGCGUCGUGGCGCCCACUCCGGACGACAGCCGCCUCUUCAAGCAGCCGUUCACGCCGCACAAGCUGCGCCGGCCGCCGGCCGCCGCCGCCGUGAUCACCGUCUGCCCGGUCACGACCACCGUGACGGGCGCGGCGACAACGGCAGGGAGCAACGCUCCGCUGUCUGAUAUGAUGGCGCCGGCGCUGCUGACGCCACGACGCGGUUCGCCCGACCCGCUCGUGUUUGGCUUCCCCACGCCGGCCUGUGAGCGCUCGCCGUCGGAGAGCGGCGACCUGCGCACUCCGCCGCCCCCGCCCGGUCUGCUGGAGACGCCACUGGUGCGGAACUCGCCGCCGGUCUCGCCGCGCACCCCCAGCGGCGUGCGCACGCGGAGCGAGACAGGCGGUCCGACAACGGGCCGUCCGUCGGAGCCGGUGCCGGACGCCACGUCGGCGCGGGAAGAGGACGGCACGCCGCAGGCAGAGGAGGUGAGUUUCCGGUGGCGGUGA